AUGAGGUUCAUAUGUCUUCAGUUUGUUUGGAUCCUGAUGAUCGAUCUUAUCAGCGGCGAGCAGAGAUUCACAGAGACACCUGCGCUCUAUCAGGAGGUCUCCUCGGGGGACGACGUGCAAGUGCGAUGCAGGGUGCAAGACAAAAGGGGCCAGUGCAUCUGGCAAAAAGACCGGAAGCCUGUGGGAAUGCACCCGGAUAAGUACGAAUGGGCGAGUGGUCGUGGCAGCGAUUGCACCCUCCUUAUCAGGAGGGCUUCCCUCGACUUCGACGAUGGCUAUUGGGAAUGUCAAGUGACUUCUGGUGAUUUCACACGACAGGACGCUCUAACUUCUCUGCCCUCGCGGCUUUUAGUCAGAGUGAAACCCCGGAAGCCACGGUUGGAGUACGGGGGGACGAUUUUAACCACCGCCCUAACUUUAAGGGAGGGUCAGGAAGUUACCAUUUCCUGCGUAUCAAGAUAUGGCAAUCCACCGGCGCUUAUAAAAUGGUACAUAGGAGGAGAUGAAGUGGAAUCCUUGAGGGAACAGACGAACGCCACCGAAGUGGAUAGCCCUAAAACGUGGGCAGCUCAUAGCCUACUCAGAGUUCGUGGACAAAGGGAGAACCAUGGUCUACCGAUUCGUUGUAUCACGAUCCAUCCAUCCAGUAUCGUUCCAGCUUCUGCGGAAACACGGCUGGACGUGCAUUAUUCCCCGGAGGUACGACUCGAGACGAAACCGCGGUUGCUGGUCGCAGCCCUCGAGGACUCGGCGAGCUUUAUGAGCCUGAAAUGCUUCGCGGAUGCCAAUCCCAGCGGAACGAUCAAGUGGUUCAAGGAUUCGGCUCCCAUCACUAUGACAAGCAACGUCGUGUCUGUGAUGCUAAACAGAACGCAGCCGAACGGCACCGUGGCGGGGUCCGAGCUGAGAUUCGAGCCGGUCAAGAGAAACGACGCCGGUCUCUAUUCUUGCAAGGCGGUCAACGUUAUCGGUGAAAGCGCUCCCGCCAAUUACAGACUGGACGUACAAUAUGGUCCAAGAAUUAAGGAAGACAACCCCAGCAACGAUACGACACAGAAGUUUGAGGAAACAACUCUUCUGGGCGCCAAUCUGGAGCCUUUCGAGUGUCUAGAUUUUGAAGCAAAUCCGCCGGCACAAUACAGAUGGAUACAUAUACGUGGGGGUGUGACCGAAACCAUUGAGAAUCCUCUUGAGAAUAAAGACGGUGGUAAACGUUUACGUUUGGAGAACGUAAUGUGGUCUGACGAAGGGGAAUACCAAUGUGUGGCUUUUAACAUAAUCAAUGGAGUACGAAGAGAAAUGCCAAGCGACGCUCGUUAUGUUCUCCACGUGACUGGUCCGCCGGAGAUACAGGCUAGACCUUCGUCUGGAGGAAAAGGAUUCUACGAGUCUCUAGGUUGGGCUGGGGAAUCUGAACAUAUCCUUAAAUCGCGUUUCUGCUCAAGACCUCCGCCGAAAAUCGUUGCCUGGCAAUGGGGGAGCUCGCAUAUCAGAGCUGGUGAGAGUAUUCACCCGAAAUACGAAGCCCUACCCUUAGAACACAUCAAGGAGAACGAAAUGGUGACAAACUGUUACUGGGCAAAACUGGUGAUCAAGGAUCUUCUGAAAGAAGACGCUAGGGUGUACACGCUUUUAGUGGAGAGCGAGAAAGGCCGAGACUCGACCAACGUGAAGCUACUCAUUCGUGACCCAACGGAGAUGAGAGUAAUAGCAGCGGCCGCAGCUGUGGGUGUGUUGUUUCUUCUGCUUCUAAUAUCGGUCUUCGUGUACUCGUUGCUGAGGUUGAAAAGCCGACGGUACCAUAAGGAAGAAGAGGAGGGCAGCAUCGCGGCUGACGCGUUUUACAGCAACACGGGAACGACUGAAAGACAGAAGACAGUAAGUUCGUCUCAAAAUAAAGGAUAUGUUAGUAGGAAGACCAGCUCAGAGGGCGGUUUGGCUGUCACAUAUGACUAUGAUCAAAUCACCAAGCAGGUGCGCGCUAUGAGUCCGGAGGCUUUGAAAGUCAGGCGUGCACCAGCUGUUCUUCAGCCGCCGACAAUUGUGUAACUGUUAAUGUGUUCAAUGCCGUGACGGUCAUCUGUGUCUGCAACUGAACUGUUUGUGUAUCACCAACGG